AUGGAAGCAGUACCGGCCGGUGUCCCCCAAGGAGCUGUUAUCUACCCUACGCUAUUUAACAUUUAUAUCAAUGACAUGGAAGAUGGUAUUCCAAACGAACUUCCAACGACAUGUAAGUACGCCGAUGAUUGUAGCCAAUAUGAACUUGUUUCUACUGGACUAAAUAGUAAAAUGCAGGAAGCAGUGAAUUUUUUGGAAGACUGGGCUACCCAAAAUAAAAUGGAGUUGAAUACCAGUAAGACAAAAGAUAUGUGGAUAGGAUUUACGAGAUCAAGCCCAGCUCCCCCAAGCAUCAGUAUAGGCAACGAAAUUAUUGAAAGAGUCACAAAAUUCAAGCUCCUUAACUGGGGUUACCAUGCAAAACGACCUUAA